AUGGCCGCCUGCUCCCUGUGCCCCUGUGCUCUGCGUGGAGCUCGGGUGGGUGAGGGUGAGAAAAGGCCCUCCCAGAGGAAACGCUUCAAUUUCGGUGUUUUCACCCUUUCCGGGCCCCUGCCUCACGCCGGCGCCGGGGGGUCCGCUCCCUUCCAGGCCGGUUUGCCCUCGGUCUCUGCCCCCCGGGACGGGCCGGGGCCCGCACCCCGCCUCGGCCGCGGGCACAAGAUGGCGGCGGCCGCGCGGGAGCUGGAGGAGCGGCUGCGGGAGGCGGCGGCGCUGGGGGACGUGGAGGAGGUGCGGCGGCUGCUGGGCCAGGGGGGGGACAUCAACUCCCGCAACGAGAUCAACGGCUGGACCUGCCUGCACUGGGCCUGCAAGAGGAACCAGGCCCAGGUGGUCUCCUGCCUGCUGGGUGCUGGGGCGGACAAGCACAUCCUCACCGCCGAGGGAGAGCUGGCCGUGCAGUUAACUUCCAAACCAGACAUCAGGAAGAUUUUGGGAGAGGAAGAAACUGAAUGUCAAGGAGUGAAGGAUUUAAAUUUGCCAAUUGUUGCGAACUGCUUGGCCAACCCGCCGUUCCCUGGAGUCUCCCUGGAGGACAGCAGCGUUCCAGGCAGCUUGGCUGAAUCCCAGCCCGAAACCGCUUCCACCUCCUCUGCUUCCCAGCGCGAGACCAGCCCCUGUUCCUCGGCAGCUCCGGUUGACAGCGUAGGCACCCCCACGUCAUGCAACAGCGACGAGGAUUUCCCCGCGCUGGAGGCGGCAGCGGAGCCGCCCGCCCCGACACCAGCUCUCGUGACACCCCCGUGUGCCGAGGCCGGAGCCCCCAACGGCCCCGUUUGCCAACCGGCCCAGACCCACAGCGCCCGGCUCUGCUCGCCCCCCGCACCGCCCCACGCCGACUCACCCACCGGCCCCGCACCGGCCUUUCAGCCCGUUUUCUUUACUGGAACCUUCCCCUAUAACAUGCAAGAACUUGUGCUUAAGGUGAGGGUCCAGAACCUGAGAGACAAUGACUUCAUUGAAAUUGAGCUGGACAGACAAGAACUGACCUACCAGGAUCUGCUCAGAGUGAGCUGCUGUGAACUGGGCGUUAAGCCGGAGCACGUAGAGAAGAUCAGAAAAUUACCUAAUACACUAGUGAGAAAGGAUAAGGAUGUUGCCAGACUUCAGGACUUCCAAGAGCUGGAGUUAGUUCUUGUGAAAAGCGACAGCUCUCCUUUCAGAAAUGCUGCAUCAACGUUGACUGAGAGACCGUGCUACAACAGCAGAGCAUCCAAACUGACUUACUGACUCUUCUAGAUGCAUCUAGAGCGUGAAAACCUGGUAAUUAUAUGCUGCUGCCUUGGGAAGGCAGUGAAUUAAGUGUGUAUAAAACCUUAAGUUAUUGUUAGGGUUACUAUUUUAACUAAUAGUUUAUCUUUUAUAUUUAAUAUCCCCUUUGCUUUUAUUUUUUUACUUGAUACUGUAUUGAGAUAAGGGAUACCUCAUUUGUCUACUAAAAUCACAUGCUUCCAAUGAAGUUUAUUGGCUGUAUUUGGCAACAGAGGGCAGGAAAGACUUAAUUACUGAUAUGAAAAGCAUGUUGAGUACUCCCACUCUUUGACCAAAUAAGAGUCACAGAAAAGACAUUCAGGAAAUUGUGUAUGUCUCUGUGUGUAUUUUUUUUUUAAACUUCCUGAUUAAGUUAAAAGUCAGUCCGUUUGGCAUAAAAUGAACAGUUGCUCUCUAAAAACGUGAAACUUGCAAGUCCUUAAUCUCUUGUCCCUUAACUAAGACCUACCAAGAUGUGUUGUCUUUCCUGCUGGGGUAAGAAAUACUUAAUGCUCUGAAGUGACAGGAGAAAAAUUUCACUGGGUUGAAAAUAAGUGGACUAAGUGUCAACAGUUAAACAUUUGUUUCUUUCCCAUAUGAGAAUAUUUUAAGUUAAUCCCCCCACAAAAAAUUAUGGAAGACUCUCUCUUAAUUAAGGAGCUUUUCUGUCACAAAGCAAAUUAAAGUGUCCUUUUAAAAGAAAGCCCUAAUGUAUCAGGAGAUAGGGAGAGGAUGACAAAUCUGUGCCCAUGGUUUUAUUGAUUUAUCUUCCCCAACAACAUGAGAAGACUAUGCAUUACUCACACCAGAAGUCAGUUCUGUUAAUCAGGCUGACUUGGUUAUAGCCCACCUUCACAGACCAGUUACGGGCUGUGUGGUUAAUUAAUUUCUGCUGUGUGAGGAGCAGGAGAAGCACAACAGUAUACUCUUGAGGUAUCACAACUAUAAGGAGCACACCAUUGAUUACUCAUACUAAACUGAAAAUAUGUACCAUUAGCAAAUAAAUAACCUGUAACUUUACGUGUUGCACAGUCUACUGUCACUUUACAGUGUCUGAAGUUUUAGCCAGGUGAGUACUGAAAGGGCUGAAUGCCUCCAGGUGCUUCCCACUGAUAUUUUUUAGUGGUGGUGGGGGGAAACCCCAACCAGACUCUCACUAAGCUACAGACUACUUUACUUAACUUGCAUUUAAGCAAGUCAGAAAUUAAAACAUUAAUCUGGGGUUUUAUGAAUGGCAAAAUUCAUCAUUAAAACACACCCUGAAGUCACUCCCUUUCAGUCUGAACAAAGUAUUUAAGUCACAGCAUUGCUGGAGUAUUAACAGCCUGAAGUUUUUCCUGUUAUAUAUAUAUUAUAUAACUCCAAAGUUAUACCUUAGGAGGCUUUUAUUUUUUUCUUUUGUACCAAAACCUAUGAUGAUGACCUUUGCACCAAAAACCUUAAUUGGGUCCUGAGGUGGGUGAGGGAGGUUUUAUCUGGACAUGAGCUGCUUCCCCCCCCCGCCAAAUGUAUUGAUUUUCCUCUGUCUCUGCUUUAUUAAGCUGUGUUGAAGAUAGUUUGUGCACAGCUGGUGCAGGGUUUGUUGUUGUUGAUUGGGAUUGUAAUGCUGACAUUCAGAACAGAACUAGUACAAUCAGGAUGUUUUGGUAGGAGCAGUGUGGCUGCCACCCUGCCUGAGCUCCCACAGCACAGCCCCUGUACCCCCAAAUGUGGCUCCUCCAAGUGCAGUAAAGGCACUGCAUAUAAAAUACAGAACCCCCUUCUGCCAGCAGAAGAGAUGCUUGGCUCUGGCCUCAGGAUGUCACCAAGUUGCUCUAGGCUUAAAAUGCCUGCUUAGUGCAUUCAAAAUAAUUAUCAUCCUUUCCCACUUGCUCUCUAUCCCUCUCAUUACCUGAACUCUGCUAAUUCCCCCUCCUCAGUCCUGGCCCUCUCUCUCCUGGAGCUGGGCUACUUCAAAGGCUGAUUUAACUCCUGGGAAGCUCAAGACUGUGACACAGGAUGAAGUAAAAUUUCUUAACUAUAACUCCCGCUUUGUUUCUCUUGUAGAACAGGAAAGGAGUUUUUACUUUAACAAAUAUAUUUAUUUUUUCAGCACAGCUUGGAAACUAGUUCAGAUUACGUGCAAUAACUGUUUGAAAAACAGUAGUGGUUCAAUGGCUCAAAAUGAAGAAUAUCUAAUUUCUUUUCAGUUCCUUUGUUUAGGGAAUCAGUGUAAAGACUGCCUCCACUAAUUACUGAGCAUUCAGCUAUAGGAGCAGCUGGUUAAAAAUAAAAAAAGCUUUAUUUGCUCUAGUUUCCACAGAGUAACUGUUAAUGUUAUAAGACUAAAACUUUAAUCAUGAUCUGACUGUAAUAAUAACAGUAAGUCUAUGCAUUCAGAGAAAUAUUUUUGUAUGUUUUAUGCAGUUUGAUAAACUCUAAGGCACACUAGUUACGUUAACUGGGUUUUGUUGUUUUGUUUCAUUUUUUCUCCUUUGAACAAUAAAGCGUUGGUGUGACAACUGAAACUAAGUUUACAAAACUUACUGUUCUUCCAAGGACAACUUUUGUUUGCACUACAAACUUGUACUGAACUGACAUUGCUAUUCUUCACUUAUAUUAAAGUAUCAGUUGUUUCAAUUA